CGUCACUUCUGGCUCGGGCUGCAGCAACACGGCGCGAGCCGAGACAGAGGAGAGAGAGGGAGCGCAGCGCGCGGACAGACGCACGCGCAUCAGCGUCCGCAGGAGCCGAAAAAAGACGAGAAAAGGAGGAAGAGGAGCUGCGAGGAGGAGAACCCGACCCUGCCUCUCCUCCUCCGCGGCUCCGCAGCGCCUCGAUCUGCGGCUGAGAACAGCUGAGGAGCGGCCGGCCUCACCCAGACAGACACCGCGGAGAUGGAGAGCAAGGAGAAGACUCCGUCAGAGCCUCAGCUGAAGGGCAUCGUGACGCGUCUGUUCAGCGAGCAGGGCUUCUUCCUGCAGAUGAUGCCUGAUGGGACCAUCAGCGGCUGCAAAGACGAGAACAGCGACCACACUCUCUUCAACCUGAUCCCCGUGGGGCUGAGGGUCGUGGCCAUCCAGGGAGUGAAGGCGGGGCUGUACGUGGCCAUGAACGCCGAGGGAUUCCUCUACACGUCCGAUGUGUUCACGCCGGAGUGCAAGUUCAAGGAGUCGGUCUUUGAGAAUUACUACGUCAUCUACUCGUCCACUCUGUACCGGCAGCACGAGUCGGGCCGGGCCUGGUUCCUGGGACUCAACAAGGAUGGGAUCAUCAUGAAGGGGAACCGUGUGAAGAAAACCAAACCCUGCUCACACUUUGUUCCCAGACCCAUCGAAGUCUGCAUGUACAAGGAGCCGUCGCUGCACGAGCUGGAGGAGAAGCUGCUGAAGUCCUCACGGAGCCCCACGCUGAGGAGUGGGAGGAGCCUGGGCCGGGCCCCGCGGCAGGUGGACUCCUCCACAGAGCGGGAGGCCUCGUAGCCUGCAGCGCCCCCCGCAGGAGGAGAAGGACAGCUCCCAUUUUAACACUUCCUCAGUUCAGAAACCACACCAAGACGACAACGAUAACAGAAAAAAACUAAAAUAAUUUGGGGAUAAAUCUUGUGAUGAAAUAUUUGGACGGGAGGGGGAGGGGCUUGUUCAGAAGGACUUUAUGAUUGUGAAAACAUUUAUGCAAAGCGCCCUGUGGAAACGGCGCCAGGAGGCCUGCACACCCACUCUUCAUCAUUGUAAGCAUCAGAAAGGUGAUGUUUCGGGUCGAGCCAGAACUCUCCAGCUUUAAGCCAUGUAGGAACUUUUUCAUUUUAGAUCCAAAGCAGAAGUUUCACCGUACUCCCUCCUUACGCUCCUUCUUCUUCUUCUUCUUCUUCUUCUUCUGCUGCUGCGAGCCGUUCAGUCAGAAAAGAGCCUCCGGUCCUCCAGCCGCCCGUCCUCGCUCCAUUCCGCUCUGUGGUGAAGGGUUCUGACCGGGCCUUCUGCCGGGUUCGGACCUUCAGCUCGUUUCUAUGAAAAUCUGCUUUUUCUCUGAGGUUCUGCUGCAGAACCAAGAUCUGAUUCUGCAUUUAAAUCUGGGUCUGAAAAAAGCCGUCGGCGGCUUAGCAGACAUGAUGGCGUCCACAGUCAGGCUCGGCGUGUUUGGUUUCCUGUGAUGGGUGAGCGUUCCUCAGAGAACCUGCCGUGGUUUUUUGGUUUCCAUAGAAACGAAGCUGGAACUCCCGGCAGAACUCCUGCGUUCCAUGAAUGUUGCAUGAGUCAAUGUCCAGAAACAGAGUGGCGCCCCCCCCACCAAAAAAAAAAAAACAUUCAAGGAGACGCCGCCAGCAGAGCUGCUGAGAUCCGGUCUGGACAGGACUGACCCCCCACCCCCCGUGUUAGCCGCCACGCCAAAAAGCACCACAGAAAUUCCUGCUAUGAUGCAGCUCCAAAAUUCUGAUUGGUUCUUUUGUAAAACUCGCUUAACCACGCCCCCUUUUCUCUGACCAAUCACGCUGCAAAGACAAAAACAACAACUCGAUAAACAUUCUAUGAUGAUUAUUUAAUGUGAUGACAAACAUUUGUGACAUUUGUUCAUGAAAACUGAACCAGGUCAGAGGAAGUUGAUUCGAUCAGGAAGCAGGAAACAGGAAACAGGAAGCAGGAAACAGGAAACAGGACGCAGGAAACAGGAAGAAGCUGCUGAAAGGAAGACUCGGUUCCUAGCGCUGUUCAGGCGUCGGCUGAUGGGUCUCUUCUGUGGGAUUAUCACUGCCGAGAUCACUGCCCUCCAAACAGAAACUGCUCCAGUCCAACUGCUUCUGAAAUUCAUUCAUCAGCCAAACUGCUUCCUGUUGACCGCCACAAUAAAAGUUUCACCAAAGAACUCCUCAAAAAGACGUAAAGAGUCAGAAAUGAAACCACAGAUUCGUUCUUUCACUGAUCAGAACCGAGACAGCAACCAGAUUUUAUCAUCAAACUUUGAUGUGAUGUUUCCAUCCAAACUUGAGGUUCCAAAGUGGUUCUGAAGUGGUUCUGAAGUGGUUCUGAGGAUUGCUGAAGUCUGGAUCUCUCUGAUCAGAUCUGUGCAGAAAGGAACUUCCUUUGGCUCUGAGAGCGGGAAACUAGUCCUGACUGCAAAUCCAGACUUCACCUCAUGAAGAAACAGGUUGUUACCCCUCUGCCCCGGUUCCGGUUCCGGUUCCUGUUGAGGGUACAAACAGCAGAAUUCCUGAUCCAUGAAUUUCAGAUGGACUCGCUCCACUGCCCUCCCCAACCUUCUUCCUCGUCUUCUCUCACCGAUCCCCAUCCUCGUCUCAGGACCGUCGGGUCCCCAAAAGCAUCUGAGGUCCGUUCGGUUCUGAACGGUGACGAUCCCUGAAACGUUGAGAGGAAGUUUAAGAGAAAACUGUUGCAAGGACUCUGAAACGUGGUUAACUGAGACCAUCGUUCAAGUUCACUUGGAGCCAUGAACUCCGACCAGAAUCUGCCCGAUUCCAGAGUCCCAUCAGGUUCUCGGUUCAAGAACCGGGCCCAAAUGGUUUUCAGGCCCACUCUCAGUUAAACAACCCCUCCCCCCAUGAUAAAGUACUCCAGCAUGCUCCAACAGUUACCACUACAACAAAAACGUUACCUCCACUCCAGAUGUUUUUGGGGAACCGGGUCACCCCCCCCCCAUCAGUCGACAGGAAACAACACCGACUAAAAAUGUUUGAGUCAUUGAGGGGUGGAGUCAAAGUGGGCGGGGCCUAUGUCCUUUAGCUUCUUUUUGUCACUUUUGAACAAACUGUCGAUCCCAACGUUCCACCUCUGAGAAAGUCUUCCAGUCUGCGUCUAACGUGAGGAAUGUGGGAACGUCGGGAUCGAUCCGCUCUCACCUCGGACUGGGAAUGCCUGUGAAUGCUCGUCUGUUCUGUCACAGCUUUACAAAAAGUAGAAAAAGUGUAAAAACACCAAAACAAGACGUAAAAGAACCACAACAAACUGAAUCUGAGGGGAGUUUCAACGCAGCAUGAAGUGAAAUAUUUAGAGGUUUAAUGUCCUCCAUAAAAUGGGAGCUUAUGAGGCAGUCGCAUCUUUGCUUUGAGCUGUCCUCGUCCUCUGAAGAAACGAGCCGCGCUGCGUUUGUCUCCUGACAGGAACGGGUUCGUGAGGUUCCAGAGGCACGUCCUCGCCUGCAGGUGGCGCUCUGACACCUUCAGCUCUCCCUCCUUCUUUGUGUUUGCACCUUUCCUCUCACGCCUUCAUGUAACGCAUCCUAUAGUAGAAGCCGUCAUUGCUAAUGCGCAGCAGGAUACUGAAUGAAAAUAAAAGACGAUGAACACGGC